CUCCCUCCUCAGCCGGACAGCAGCUGGCAAAACUCAAACAACGCGUUCAGAUAGAGAGAGAAACGUGAAAACAAGGUCAAAAAAAAGUGGAAAAAUAAAAUGAAACAAAACGCCAAGAUUAUGAAGUUUUCAGGUGGCUAUCUAUCAUUACUUUGACAUGUUUUUUUUUUUUUAAAAAAAAAGUUUCUAGAAAAUUGUGUAGUUGUUUGCCAAGUCAAUUGAACAGGUGUUAUCGGAGCGGAACUUUUCCUCAGGGAAGAUGAGUUAGCGACGCUUAACCCCGAGCUGACCCAUGUAAGGAAGGAGACUGGAGAUCUCUCACACAUACCAACUGCACACACAAGGAAACUACAAUGGCAGCUUUCAGUGGCACCUGUGACUCUAAGGUGAGUCGGCCAUCCAGGCUCAGACAAAAGGACACAAAAAGCAAGUCCAACGUGUGCGCAAGUCCAAUGGAGCAGAGCGACUGUAGCACCGUGCUGGAGAAGAGUCAAGAAUUCUUUCAGAUCUGUGACACUGAGGACAAGGGCUUCGUUACUCGACGGGACAUGCAGAGGCUGCUUGAAGAGUUGCCUCUGAGUGCUGAGGAGCUGGAGAAUGUGUUUGAUACACUGGAUGCUGAUGGAAACGGAUAUCUUACCCCAGAGGAGUUCUCAUCUGGCUUUAGUGAGUUCAUAUUUGGCCCUACAUCAGCCUCGGCAACCACUCUACAGCCCAUUACAGAGCAUGCACCAGAGCCAGUUUCACAUGAUAUGCUCUACCAGAGCGAGUGGGAGAACAAACUCAGUGUAACCGAGGAUGACGAGGAGAAACAUUUCAGCAUUCUGAUGGAGAACCUGGGAGCCAGCAACGUCUUCGAGGAUCCAAGAAUAGUGCGCAGUCUGUGGGCUCAGCUGCGCAGGGAUGAGCCUCGUCUGCUGUCUAACUUUGAGGAGUUCCUUGCCAGAGUCACUUACCAGAUUAAAGAAGCUAAUCAGGAGAAGAGCGAGAUGGAAACUGCUUUGAAAAGGAAAGCAGCUUCUCAUGACGAUGAAAUCCAGCGUCUCUACGAGGAAAUGGAGCAACAGAUCAAAAAUGAGAAAGACAGGAUUAUUUUACAGGAUUCUGAACGGUUUUUAACUCGCAGUCAAGAUCUCGAGUACCAGCUUUCUAGCAAAGAGAGGGAACUUGAAUUGCUUUCAAACAAACAGAAACGGUUAGAGCAGCAGUGUCGUGAGCUACACAGUGAGCAGAGGGAAACUGCAGUAGAAAAUGUGAAACUAAAGCAGUAUAAUGAAGAGCUGGCUCACGAGCUGGAGCACACCACUCAGGAGCUGAGUUUAGCACAGGAGCAGCUCAGUCUGUUGCAGGAACAAGCUUCUCGCCUACACGAAGAGCGAGAGAUGGAGGUUUACAGAAUCACAGAGGGUUUGCAAAGAGAAAGAGCAAGUCUACUCAAGCAACUAGAUUUACUAAGGGAAAUGAACAAACAUUUACGAGACGAGCAGGACAUGUGCUAUCAAAAACCAAAGAACUCAGCUGUAAAAGCAUCAAGGGCGCAGGGAUCUGGAUAUACAGAAAGAAAGCAAUCAUUUAAGAGUGAUGAUGAUGAUGAUGAUGAGGACAUACCGCCACAUUCUAAGAGGAAAAGUGGAGUAGGUAUAAAGCUGCCUACAUUGGCUAUAGGGCAGAAGGAUCAAGUAGAGGGAUUGCGUUCUCCUACACACCAGCUUCAGAGGAUCAUCUCCAUCGAGGAAGACCACCUCCCACAGCUCCUGCAGAAGGAGUACCAGGCCGAGCUCAGGAACUGGAGCGAGGAAGAGGAGGACCUGGAAGACGGCAUUGACCUCCAGAUGACCAGUAUUUUUCCGUCUACCAGCACUCCAGUCUCACAGUGUCCUCCAGCAAACAGCAGACAUGCACACACCCCCACCUCACCCAGAGGGCAACCUGUGGGCAAGGAGACUGUUCAACUGGAGGAAGGAGCAAACUCAGGACCAGACCGUCUGUUUAAGAUUGUUCUGGUGGGAAACUCCAGUGUUGGCAAGACCUCUCUACUGCGCCGUUUCUGUGAUGACUGUUUCUACCCAGGAACCUCAGCGACUGUUGGUAUUGACUAUAGUGUAAAGACGCUUUUAGUGGAUAACAGCCAGGUAGCCCUGCAGAUGUGGGAUACAGCUGGGCAGGAAAGGUACCGAAGCAUCACUAAGCAGUUUUUCCGCAAAGCAGAUGGCGUAGUUGUCAUGUAUGACAUCACCUGUGAGCAGACUUUCACAGCAGUGAGAUCAUGGCUGGCCAGCGUACAGGAAGGAGCAGGAGAUGACAUUCCUGUCAUGUUGCUGGGAAAUAAGACAGAUCUGGAGGCCCAGAGAGAGAUCCAGUUCAGAGUGGGAGAGAAAUUGGCUAUGGUUGAUCGUUGUGCUGUACUGCAGGAGUCUCGGAUGAUUUUCUUCGAGUGCAGUGCUUUUUCUGGCCACAACGUGACCGAGUCCAUGGUGAACUUGGCAAGGAUUCUGAAGGAACAAGAGGAUAGAGAGAAAGAGAAAACUGUCUCUCUGGUUGAUGCCCCGUCAAAGAAGAAGUCCUGCUGCUAGCAGAGAGACACACACACACACACACACACACACAAUCUGUGCUCAGCGGCAGCUUAUUCACCCCCAUCUCCCUGGAUUGAGUGGCACAGUAUAACACUUUUAGACAUAUUUUGUGAUUAUUUUUAUCUAUGACAACAUUAUCCAGAAGCAGUGUUAUGAUGACGGGGAAGAUUUGCACUAUAGGGUUUUGGUAGAUCACCUGUACAUAUAAAAACAGGCUUAUCAUAUUAAAAGCAAGAAUAUGCUUUAUUAUGAUAUUUACAGCAACAUAUAUUAAUUAUUGAGAAAUGUAGACGAAGGAAAUUUCCUAUUUAAGCUUUUGUUGUUUACAGUGCAAGCGUUUACAUCUCUACAUUUUAAGUGCCAAAUUGGUAUUCAUUUGGCAGUGAAAUAUGAAAGGAACUUGUGAUGUAUGAGUGAAGCAACAUAUCAUAAUCAUCUAGGUGAGAGUAAUUAUGGGUUAUUUUAUUGAACAAACACAUUUAUUUUAGAUGCUUUUGAUAAGAAAGCUGUCCACUGUGUGAAUUCUAAAUAUUUGUUCAGGGUUUGUGACUGUUUGUUAUUUGUGUUAGUUGUCAUGUUUCUUUGAUACAUGGCCUAACUUUGCACAAGCAAUUUAGUGUAAUCAGUGUUGACACCACUGCCAAAUCUCUGAAAGCUUGGAGCUGUUCACGGUCUUUCUUAGACACAGCUGUAUUUUGCAACCAUUGUUGACUUCACAAGCCAAAUGAAAGCUUAGAUCUAUCCGUGUUCUCCCUGUGGUGCAGCUAUUUUCUAUUAUUCACAUUUUUUGACUUCUCUAACUGUCAAGGAUUAAUAUUGAAGACCCUAGCACUUUGUGAGGAUCAAAAAGGGCUUUUUGAUUAUAGCAUCAAAUAAGUCACUCGGCCAUGAAACAAAAUUGGGAUUGGGAUCUCAGGUUGUUCCGUCUCUAACAAAUGCUUGGUUCUAUCAUCUCUGUUCUGUUCUGUGUGACAAAUGAACAUCAUGCUACCAGAUCAAGGUGUGCAUGUGUGCGUGCGUGUGUGCGUGUGCGUGCGUGCGUGUGUGUGUGUGUGUGUGUGUGUGCGCACGCGCUUCUCUGUAUUUAUGAAGGGAAGAAUGAAUGUAGAAUGAAGGACUUCAUGUUGAAAAGUGACAUGAUGCUGUGAAAAGUGAGCAAAAAUACUAAAUCAUUUAGGGGUAGACAAUGCCCAUGAAGGUUAACGU